CAAAGAGAAAUAUGAAAUAGAUAAAACUAAAAAUGCAAGACAAAAUUUUAACAUUUAAUUUUUAAAGUGCCCAUACCAUAACACCUAAUCUUCACACUGCCAAAAUCCUAAUCUUACUAUAUACAAUGGUAAGAUGGAAAAUUGAACAGUGUUCCCGCCUAAAAUUCGGGUAUCCAAUUAGAAAUAGUAAUGGGUCGGGUUGGUGGGCCGAGUAUGGGUAAGUGGGCAGCAAGUCCUGCAGUCUGCACCAUGAAGUCUCACGUCAAGUACAAAAGUAGGGCUCUUUAUGUCCAAUCAGCAUUAAUUAAGUUAAGCUCUAUUCAGCGUGUAUGGCACGCCAAUCCAUUACUGACAUAUUUGCUUUCCAGCUGGGGGCACAUCAAACAAUUCAACCAUUGGAGAUUUGCAAAUCUUUAGAUUAGAGUAUCAGUCAUUUAUUCCUAAAAUAAAAGUGAAGGGCAUUAACACAAAUCCAUCUAUAAAUACAUCAAUUGUGAGCCAGUGUCUAACCAAUCCACAACCAUAAUUUUCCUUUUCCGUACUCAGACUUUUUUGGGCUUCUUAGAAGUUUCUUGGCCUUUCCUUUUUGUGCAAUUAAUUAUUUUAUUUGAUAAGUUUUACAAAGUACGGAGUAUAUACUCUAUAUGAUUUCAUGGUAUUUUAUUUAGAGUACUAUAUUAGUAGUGACAUUCGCAAGAAACUAUGAAUGAUAAAUAAUAAAAUUGAAUUUUUAUUUUAGAGCAAUGUGCAAAACCAAAUACUUCGUAUUAAAAAAAAAGCAUUCUAAACGUAAAUGUCAUAGAAUAUUGGAAAUUGCCUUUUCUAAAUACGGAGUAAGUGUUUCAAUGAUAUCAGGAGUUAACAAAGAAUGCAGUUUUGACUUUCAAGAGAACAUUUGAUGAAUCAUCAAACAAAAGUAAUUGGUUUGAUGAAUGCAAUUAAGAAUAUUGGUUUCUAAAAGAUCAUUAUUUUUUAGAAAAGUUAAAUAUAAAGGUUGUGGUUCUUGGAUUUAAUAAUCUGGAUCAUCAUUAUUUCCACCUUUGCCCAAGUGAAAGAACAAAAAAUUACUAUUACCAUUGCCUUCCAAGGUCUUUGUAUUGGGUAAAUAAAUAAGGUUUACCUACAAAACCAGAGAUAUUUGCAGAUACCCAAAUUAAAGCAUACGAGCAGGUGCAAUAUAUAAUUGAACAUUGUGUGUUCUAUGAAAAAGGAUAGAACACAUACUUUCAGGUUCAAUUCCUUAUUGUAAAAUUUAAAAUAUACUCUAUUAGUUCACAUGUAAUAUAAAAUACUUACUCCGUAAGUCCGUAGUAAUAAAAUGUUAAGAAACUUUUUCCUUUUCAAUGAAAAAGCAUUCUAAUCUGAAAAUUUUGAAUGCAAAAUAUGCAUUUGAACGGAUACAAACAAUUGAAGAUGUUUUAUGCAAAAUUGUGCAUUUAUUAAAUUAAAAUUAGAAAAAGUAACAAUUAUUUUUUACAUAUUUUGAAGGAAGUUAGUGGAAUAAUAAAAAAUGCAAGAAAUCCCGAAAUUCAUGCAUUAAGAUUUGGGAAAGAGUAAAAACUCCAAACCUUAUAGACCGAUUAGUAGACUCAGGUCGGUCUAGAAGAGCUAAACAUCAACUAACUUCGGGAACAACUAAAACAUCGGGAGUAAAACUCCUAAAAACCACGAAUAAAUUUCAGAUCGAAGAAAAACUCAUGAUAAACAGGAUUUCAAUACAUAACAAUACCAGAUCGAAGACGGAAAGGCUUUUUGAACUGGAACACGAAACCGUCAAGCUAAGGUAGCCGCAAGCCACAAGCGGCGGUGUUCCGGUUUCAUACACUGGCCAAGUGGCCGGUCAUCCUUCAAAAGGAAAGAGAGGGAUAGAGAGGGUAGGUACAGAAGUAAGGGAGGAUGGAUGCUUCAAAAUGAAAAAUGACACGAUAC